AUGAGGGUGAAUGAGGGUUUUGUGAAAUCUCCCAUUCUGAACACGAGUCGAGUAGGUCCAGACAUAAGAGCUGUCAACGGGCAUGCUGGCUUCCGGUUGGCCCAACAUAGUCUCACGUCCGCAAUUGCUCAGACCAUCAUUAGCAUGCACCUGCACACCGGCUCAUGCAAGCACAACCGGCACACACCUACAUCGGGUGUGAAAUCACGCCGAGACGAGGCACAAUGUACGUGCCCAGCGGACUAUGGAGAGUGCAGUGUUGCUCAGACCCGC